CCGGUCGCUUCCCACCGCACCCGGUUCCUUGCGGGCACUUUCCCUGUGGUGCACCGAAGCUCGUACCAGGCGCGCCCGCGGGCUGGAUGCAAGCAUGAUGAACGGAGGCGGGCUGCCCUUACUCGCGCCCUCCUCUUCUGGAGUCUCCGGAGCCUGCGCUGCUCGCCGGAGACCCGCGUCCCCCGAACUGCUGCGCUGCAGCCGACGGCGGCGAUCUGGCACAACCGAGGCCAGUAGCAGCUCGGCGGCGGUGGCACGCCGCAACGAGCGCGAGCGCAAUCGCGUGAAGCUGGUAAACUUGGGCUUCCAGGCGCUGCGACAGCACGUGCCGCACGGCGGCGCCAGCAAGAAGCUCAGCAAGGUGGAGACGUUGCGCUCCGCGGUGGAGUACAUUCGUGCGCUGCAGCGGCUGCUUGCGGAGCACGACGCCGUGCGCGCGGCGCUUGCCGGGGGGCUGCUAACACCCGCCACCCGACAGGCGGCCGCCCUCGCGCCACCCACCGCCUCCCCGGCCAGCGCUUCUCUGUCCUGUGCUUCUCUGUCCUGCGCUUCUACAUCCCCUGACCGCGGGGCCAGCUCGGAGCCUGGCUCCCCGCGCUCCGCCUAUUCGUCGGAGGACAGCGGCUGCGAGGGAGAGCUGAGCCCGGUGGACUGCGAGCUCCUUGACUUCUCCAGCUGGUUAGGGGGCUACUGAGCACCCCAACCCCCUAAGCUGCAUCCCGGUUGUCUACUGGUGGACCGACCCGCGUUUCUUGCCUACGGAGCCUGGGAGGAUGCCUUGCCCAUGCUGUCUAGUGCAUCCUCACCAAAUGUUGUGGCACUGGGGCUUGGAAAUUUCUCAGGAGAAAGGAUUUUACAGUGGCAAUAUAUUUUUUACGAAUUAACUUGAACUGCUGGGAGGGACUCUGCUGAAAAUAUGAAGACUUAUUUUUUUACAAAGGAUCCUUAGGCUUGGAGCACAAUAAAGGUUGUCUCUGUACCUCACCCCCACUGUCUAGAACUUUCCAACCUGGCCAAAGUGUGGACCAGUCAGGCCCUGAGGGCAAGAUGCCUGGCUGCACCCUUCUGCUGAAGCCUAGCCUGGUUCUGAUGUUUGGCCAGUGUGGGAAACCUGUUGUUGCAAAGUGUACUGUUCUAUAAAAGCUUGUUUUUCAAA